AUGUUCCUGCUCAACCUCUCCACUUUUCUCUUCGCACUUCAGGCAGUCUCUGCUCGUCCGUACAACCGCAGGGCAGCUUCGGAGCCUGCUCUUGUUAUGCACGAUACACGUGCAGACAUAUAUCACGUUUAUCGCCGUGAUGGGUCUCUCUAUGGGCGAUUUAACGAGGACGGCUUCAAGAGAGAAAUGGAGUACGACGCGCUCCAAAGACGAGGUGGCGUAUCUUCUUGCACUCCUAUGACUAAGGAGCAGGCUGAGAAAAUUCCUGGAUGGGGAAAGAUACAACAAUAUGCCAAAGAUCACUACGGAGACGGUGGUGUUAACAUUGCAGUCAACCCUCCCGAGGCAAGUCUCCAACGUCGAAAUUGGCGCAUCAAUGCUGACAACGCAAGCCAGUACACGGACAGCCCUGCCGUUAUCUGCGCCGCAAAUGAGGUUGUCCAAGUGGAGAUGACUGGAUCUCCGAGCUGUCAGGAAACCAAGCAGGAUAUCUCAGGACAAAUUAAACAAACAGAUGUUGAUGCAAGCCUUAGCUCCAAGCAAGGAUACUCAACCUCCGGGAGCUGGACUGUUACCGAAACGAGCUCCCUGGCACAAUCUAUUGGAUUCUCUGUACAAAUUGGAGUCCCCGAGGUUGCAGAUAUCUCUACAGCAACGGUCACGAUAGAAAACUCGUUGGCAUCGAGCUUUACCUCUAGUGUCAACAAUGAGGUUCAGCAAACCGUCACGCUGAAGUCUACCCAAGGACAGAGAUGCACGGCUUCGCUUGAAACUAAAACAUGCACUAACACCGGGCAAGGAAAAGUGCGUUUCGUUGGGAGUGGGUGGGUCUGGUUCAACUACGACGACAAGCGAGCACCAGUGAAUGGUGACCCGAACGACACGCACUACAAAUGGGCUGUUAACAUUGAACAGGCUCUCCCAAAUAUCGAUGAUCUCUGGCUCGAUGAAGACGACUAG